CAUUCAAAUGCGCUGCAGUUUGAGCCGCGGCUGCCCACAACUGCUCAGCAUGCUCCCAUUUUAAGAUCAGAUUAUAGACACCACAGCCCCAGAGCACACCUGGAAAGAAACAAGUGCAUGACAGGACUGUCUUAGGUGUUUUUUUGUUUUUUUUUUUAACAGACGUAUUUCAUGACCAUCAGACGAGGAAAAUGUGGGGCAUGUAAAUAGGGGUGGGCUGUGACGAGAGGAACAGGAAGAAUAGAGCUGAGAGACAAGCGGCUGCAAUACACAGACGGGGAGAUCUUGUUACGCUGGUAUGUGAAACGCUUCACAGCCGAGUUUUUAUGUCUACCUAAAGAUAUUGACAAGAGACGGACCAAAAAAAAUGCUGUACCCCAUCACUGGUCACUUCAAGAGAUGAUAUUGUGAGGAGAUAAAGUCCAAACAACAAAGAGUUAAACCGAGACGAUGAUGGAUUAUACAGAGACCAAAGUUGAAUAUUCUGUAGAGGAGCUGCUGGAGCCACUGAUCAUCACCGAAGACGGGGACACAACCACCGAGGAGGCAACAAGCAGUUCAGAUGCCAUCUUGCGAAGCUGUGGCGAAGACUCUGCUCUCGGAAAUAAAGAGGAACCCUCUGGGGACGACGAGAAUAAUGAAGCUGUGGCGAGUAGUGAAAUGCACUCAGAGGAGCUAAAGUUGGAAAAGCAGCAGAGCGACGCAGAGAAGGAGGGUUCAGAUGAGCCCAAAGCAGAGCUCGAUAAACAGGAGGAGGAUGAAAACAGAGAUGAUGGACUAAAUUUAGAUAAAACUGGGGAGCAGCAGACACAAGCCGGCGAGACAGACGACCAAAAGGUUGAAAUAAAGAGAUUAAAGUCCUCCGAGCAGCAAACUGAAGGGGAAAAACAGCAAGACGAAGAUUCAAAAAAGGCCCACCGGUUAACCCCUGACUUCCCGGACUCGCUGUUCGAGCUGCUCUGCACCCUGCAGGAGGGCAGGCGGCUCAACGACCAGCGAUGCUCCUUCAGGCUGGAGGGGGGCUUCGCCAGGAGGAGGUGCCACUCGGAGCCCAACACCAGGAAACCGGCACACAGAGUUGUCUUUUCCUCCAUGACUUCACUGCAGAAAGAAGAGUUUUUUGACCUGGUUGCAACAGCGCAAGCUCGCCGGCUGGACGACCAGAGGGCACAGCUGAGGAGUUCUCUGCCACCCAAGCCAAAAUCCAGAAGUUUCAGGGGCAGCUUGAAGCAGCUGUCUUUAAUGAAAAAACCUGAACCGGUUCCUGUCCCCAAAGAGGAUCUGUAUGAUAUGAUUCUGACAACACAAGCUCAGGGCAGACUGGAGGACCAGCGCAGCCGGGCUCCUGGCCCCAUGGACGAUGAAGACUUCUUCUCCCUCCUUCUAAAAGUGCAGGGUGGGCGAAUGGAUGAGCAGAGAACUGAACUGCCACGCUUGCUGAAAACCUGAGACAUAAAAUAGAAACUCUGUGGCCAGCUGUGAAAUCCAACAAGUGUUUUAGCCUUUUUUUUUUUUGCUUUCAUUUCAUGUAUAAGCAGGACUUUCUGAGCCUUAACUCCUCCUGAAUGUUAGUCAGUGUUAAAGUUAUCAAGACUGGAGCAAAAACGCUAAUGUUUGAGCCACAAAGCUUUCCGAUUAAGAGCAGCAACACAUAAUGCACCCUGUACUUAGAGGGAUGUUAAAGGUUACUUUCUGAAGCAUAAAGGUUACUUCUUGAGACCUAAAGUUUUUUUUUCAGAAUAUAGUUAAUUUCUAGAUUAGAUAUAUUACUUUCUAAAGCUCAGGGUUUAUGUGAAAGUUUAUGUUCCAGAAUAUAGAGGUUACUUUCAGGGUCUUACUUUUUAAGACUUGUGGGUUAUUCUUUGGACAUUACAGAUUACUUUCCAUGAUUUAUAAGUCACUUUCUCAGAACUUACAGGAUACAUUUUCUGCAACCUACUUGUACGUUUACUUUUUGUGAAGUUCUGGGAAGAUACCUUGAAAGUUUUGAUAAGUAACUUCUAAGAUCUGGAAAGUAACCUCUAAGUUCCUCAAUGUACUUUCUGUUAGAAGAUUCACGUCGCAGAAUAGUCCAUGAAAGGGCUUCUUAUGUUCUUUGAAUAUACUGUGAAUUUUGGAAAGUAACCUGCGGGCUCCAUAAACGUAACCUCUAAGUUCAUGUAAGCAUUAGGUUACAUAUCUCUUAUAAUGAGAGCCCAGUUUAAGGAGGCAUCUCUUAAGUUAACGAACAUAACCUUUAAAUUUCAUCAAGCAACCCAAAGGUUGUGGAGAAAAUAACUUCCUAUUUGCUGAAAGUAACUUCAAAGUUUCAGAAAGUUCCAGGUUACAUGAAACAGCUUGGUCAGUGAAAGAACCCAAUUAGCUCUAACAACUAAAUAAAGCCGCAUGCAGUGUAGAAUGGUUCGCACCUCAGCGCCGCUCCGGCUUGAAUCAUGACCAUGGACCAUUGCCACCUUCAUGCCUCCAGCGAGCGUGCCACUCAAUUCCACAAACAGCCACUGAGCAGGACCUUAAACAAACCUUUUUUCAGUGAGGGUCAGGCUCCAUCCCAAUACAGCUCCUAACUCCCGUUCCUUGACCUCUCUGGACAUUUUCGUUCAUUUCUUUGAGGUGGGCUGUGCUUACACGUCAUGUCACAGAAAGGAUUGUGGGAUACCUUAUAGCUCUUUGGAGCCGGUAAGGGGCAUCGUGAGGUUCCUGGGCUGAACUAGCCGCAGGAGGAAGCAUAUAGGCUCCUUUUCCUACCUCCUUUCUUACUGACGGCACUAUUCGGACAGCACUUAUCAUGGCGACCGCUGACACACUUCCACUUUGGCUAAAGAGUCUUUACUCUAUGAGGGUGUUCGGAUGGAGCCUCAGUUACACUCUGGUGAGCUGUGGUUACGUCCGGCUUGGUGGUGAAGGAUUAAUGAACACUCCCUGUAUCAUAGUCAAUUGGGUUCAGAUCAUAUAUGUGGAAAUUAAAACCAAACAUGCGGCCACGGUGUGACAUCGGAUUUUGCCAUGACGCCAUAGUUACAACCUCUGGCAAAAAGUGUUAGUACUUGAGAUCAAGUUCCACAGAUUUGACUUCUUUCACUGGGCACAGGGUAAUGUUUAUUGGUCAAGAUGGUCAAAAUGGACCUUCCAAAGUAAAAAAACAAAACAUAAACACUUCCUGUUCUCAAGGGGCGGGGUUUAGGUGAUUGUCAGCAUUUAAUCGUGGAGUUUUGUUUGGAACCAGAUCUGGAGCUGCAUUGUAUAUCUUUGACUUUCUCUGUUGAAGCUUUAACACUUUUAGUUGUAAUAGCAACAAGUCAAAGUUUGCGGGCUGGCCAUGAACCUUAUACAUCCACGAAAAUUCAGGAUUUUGAGAACUUUAGAUCCCACGUGCCUUUUGAGCAAACUCAGCAAAUUUUGAGCCAAUUGAUUGAAACAUCUAAGAGGAAUUCAAUCAAAUGCAGAGCCUAGAAAUGGUUAAAAUGCAGUCAAGAUUGAAAACUCGAUUCAAGAUUGCUGACUUCCUGUUUUUGUUGUAGAGCAUGGGCACAAGACAGUUGUUGCAAGAUCUUGGGAAGUUCUACAGGUCUACAAAAAAAUUCCAUACUUUUCGAAUAAAGUAAGUUAAAAGAGGAAAGGUGUUUUUCUGAGUAACCUCUAAGUUUUGGAAUGUUGCCUCUAAGUGGGAGAAAAUACCAAGUUACAAAACUUCUUGUAGUAUUACAAUGUCCCAAAAAGUAACCUUUAGUUUCUGAGGCUAGUGACCCGUCAGUUUUUGAAAGUACCCUUUAAGUUCUCACAACGAUCCUCUACAUUCUCUACACAAAUAAUGCCUAAAUUCAAGAAAAGUCACAUUUGCGUUCCAAGAAAAUAAUCUGUUUAAGUAACUAAAAAACUGAAUUGUGAGAAUGGAGGGCUUGUAUUAUGCAUUGCUACAAAAAUUGUUUACUUUUUUGUAGUGUUUUCUCUCUUUCUUUUCUGGCAAAUGCGAUCAGUAGACGAGCUUCUUUGGAUGUUGAGGAGAAGGUCUUUGUACAGCGAUCAAACACAGCAGAACUACUGAGGAGAUUCCUUAAAGUCAUGUAGUGUUUAUGUGAUAUAUCGGAAAGUUUUCUUCCAGAAUAAACCAAAUGUGCAUUUCAGCCACCUAGA